CCGUAUUCUUUUCCAGAAAUGUCCUGUUUUAGAGGCGAUCUCAACUUUUGCCCGGAAUGUGGGAAUGUUCUUCCAGUGCCUGGCAUGAAAAGUACCAUUACCUGCCCGCGGUGCUCUUUCAAAGUCCCCGUUCAAGAUUUCACAGGUCAAGUUAUUAAGUCUUCGGUGGUUUUUAAUUCUCUGGAUCAGAGCUCCAGCGUUGUUGAGAGCGAAGAGGAUGCUGAAUUGAAGGGGCCGGUGAUUGACAGGAAAUGUUCCCGCUGUAACAAAGAAGGAAUGGUUUAUCACACAAGGCAGAUGAGAUCUGCAGAUGAAGGACAGACGGUCUUCUUCACAUGCAUACACUGCAGGUUCCAAGAAAAGGAAGAUUCGUGAGAAAAUUGCUGCUGCUGUGGGCAUUUGCUUGUGUUGGUUAUCAGGAUUUAAACAGAAAUAUGAAAUGUAUAUAAAUAAAAAUGCUUUGUACAUGUUUUCAAAAUAAAACUAAACAAAAGA